CCAUGCACUGUCUGAGGGCGCUGCGUGUGUGCGGCUCCGCACAGCUCGUCGUCAAAAGUACAGAUGCGGCGAAGAAGGCGCUCCACAUGCAGCCGGCAUGUUGUUUGGGCACCAAGUCAACAACCGAGUACCAGCGGCGGCCGCCGGAUCAUUCCCAUCUAAAAAUGCAUACCCAACCAAAGUGCCCCUCAUCCGGAGUGGAAAACAUGCUUUUUUACACCAUCACGGAGGGAAAAGAGCAAGUGCCCAUCUCACACUUCACAGCAGCCUUGAGAAAAACCGGCCUUCACCCAUCAGACCCCCGUCUGAAGGACUGCAUGGAGAAGAUCCGGCGGGCCAUGAGACUGUCUGUCGGCGAGGUGAUGAUGGACAAAGAUCUGUUCCACAGGUGUGUUGGUGGAAACAUUUUCCUGAUGAUGAAGGCCUUCAAAAAGAAGUUCAUCAUCCCAGAGUUUGAGGAGUUUACAAGAAAAAUAAAUGAAAUUUACCAAACUGUGUCGAAAGAAAGUGAUGGAAAGGUUGCAGACUACAUUCCACAGCUGGCCAAGUUCAGCCCAGAGCUGUGGGGAGUUUCUUUGUGUACAGUGGAUGGCCAGAGACACGCGGUGGGCGACACUAAGCAGCCGUUCUGCCUGCAGUCAUGCGUGAAGCCCCUCCAGUAUGCGAUCGCAGUCCACGAAUCAGGAACGGACGAGGUCCACCGCUAUGUGGGCAUGGAGCCCAGCGGUCUCAAAUUCAACAUGCUCUCACUGGACGAUGAAGAUAAGCCUCAUAACCCGAUGGUGAACGCCGGAGCCAUAGUGAUCAGCUCUCUUAUCAAGCCUCGCUCAAAUAAGGCAGAGAAGUUCGACUACGUAAUGGAGUUUGUGAAAAAGAUGACUGGACAGGAAUACGUGGGAUUCAACAAUGCCACGUUUCAGUCAGAAAAAGAAACCGGCGACAGAAAUUUUGCCAUCGGAUACUACAUGAAAGAGAAGAAGUGUUUUCCUCCAGGAGUGGAGAUGAUCGAUGCCCUCGACUUCUACUUUCAGCUGUGCUCUAUCGAGGUGACCUGUGAGUCCGGGAGCAUCAUGGCCGCCACCUUGGCCAACGGAGGGAUCUGCCCAAUCACAGGCGAGCGUGUCCUCAGUGCCGAGGCGGUGCGAAACACCUUGAGCCUCAUGCACUCCUGCGGCAUGUACGAUUUCUCUGGCCAGAUGGCCUUCCACGUGGGCCUGCCUGCAAAAUCAGGGGUCUCGGGGGCAAUUCUGCUGGUGAUUCCCAACGUUAUGGGAGUGAUGUGUUGGUCUCCACCACUGGACAGAGUUGGAAACAGCGUUCGGGGAAUUCACUUCUGUCAGGAGCUGGUGUCACACUUCAAUUUCCAUAAUUAUGACAAUCUGAGGCAUUUUGUAAAGAAGCAAGACCCUCGCAGGCAGGAUGGCGAUGACAGCAUCAAGUCUGUUUUCAAAUUGAUGUUUGCUGCGUACAGCGGGGACGUGUCGGCUCUGAGAAGAUUUGCACUUUCCUCUAUGGACAUGGAUCAGAAAGACUACGACUCUCGCACGGCGCUCCACAUCGCUGCAGCGGAGGGACAUAUAGAUGUGGUGAAGUUCCUCACAGAAAUCUGCAAAGUUGAUCCUUUUGCAGAAGACAGGUGGGGGAACCUGGCCGUGGACGACGCCUUACAGUUUGGACACGACCAAGUGGUGAAGAUGCUCAAAGAUUAUCAGCAGGAGUGCAGGCAGCGGGACGAGCAGGACAAAGAAGCCGAGCACCCCCAGAAGCUGGACACCGUCGAGGGCAUGGCGUGACGUCUGUCAGUGUUCGGACUGAAACAUAUCAGGGAAUCUGUGCAAUCUGUCCAGUUCAGGAAGGCGGAGGUGUGAAACGAGUGUCAGACGGCAGAAACUGGCUUGUAAAUAUAAAUCGACUAUGGAAACUUCUGCAAAUGCAAAGACCAAUUGAAAAUGACAUUUUGUUAACCAAGAAUAACACAAAGAACAUAACAUUCAGAAGAUUAUAACUAUGGAAAUAUAAAACACGACAUUUGAUGUUUAGCGUUCUCAAAUGACACUGUAAAACAUACAUAAAAUGGAUGUGAUUUUUUAAUAAACUGAUAAUGAGGGAUUGCCUUGAUGA